AAUACAAUAUUAAUUGACAAUAAUUAUUUAUGAACUAUUCGUAAAAAUGGAAAAUCAGGAAAAAAUAUUCCAGCCGUUGCCAGCAACACUUGUAAAUAAUGUAACGACUUACGAAGCAAGGGAGCAAUAUAUUUUAAAAUUUUUAAAUGAAACUUUACCGGCGUCAGAUAUUAAAAGAAUACCCGACGAAAUGAAAAAAACAUUUCUGUUCGGUAAACACAGAUCGAAAAAAACACAGUUGAAAAAGAAGCAGAAAAAGGGAUCGUACUCGGGAAUAAGAAAAAAGGUUCUUCUCAAUAUAAAUAAAGGGACAAGUAAAGAAUUAUCGUUCAAAGAUCUCCUUCCCCUGAAUAAAAUUUGGUUAGAUUAUAUGCGAAAUUUGCUGGGAAUUGAAAAUUUCAGUAAAAUACCGAAUAAUCCACUGGAAUCUAAUUGGGAGAGUGUGAAUCAAAAAAUAAUGAAAGCCGAUUAUCAUGGAGCAAAAAUUUCCGUUAUUAGAUCAAAAUGUCCCAGUUUAGUUGGUGUCAAAGGAAUUAUUUUGCAGGAUACAAAAAAUACUUUUAGAUUGAUUGGAGAGGACGAUAUUAUUCGCACUGUUCCGAAGGAAACAUCAAAAUUUGAAAUAAUUCUAGACAACGCCCGUCUAGAAGUUUUAGGCAAAGAACUUUGCAUUCGACCAGCGGAGAGAUCGGUUAGAAAAUUCAAAAACGCCCAAAUACCGGAUUUAUAAAUCUAGAAAGUAAAUUUGUACAGUCCUAGAAAAAAACUAUAUUAAGAUUUUUAACACUAAAUCAAGAUUAUAUAAGUAGUAAAUCAAGUUUUAUUUAACAAUCUCCAUGUUUGUAAAUAAUUUUUUAAAAUAAAUAAUAAUUUCCCAAUUUCAUUAAAACCAUAAAUCAUAUUAUUUAUUGAGUUUUAAAAUUUACAUUCUGAUGUGUAUGGAAACAAAAAAAAAAUAUUAAAUUAACUGAAGCAGGAAGUUGACAUUGAAAAUAAUUUCGAAACACGCUUCAUUUUUAUUUCAAACUAUUCAUAUAUAGCAUUUUCCGCACAUUUCAUUACAUAUUACAAUUGGAAACAACAAAAUGUGUCCUGCACCACAUUGAUCAUGCAAAUCAAUUAAACAUAUUCCAUUUUUUUUCGUCUAUAAUUUAUUUUCUUUUCGUUAAUACGAUUUUUUUUCUUUUAAUUUGUAUUAUUAUAUUAUAUGUAUAUCUACUACUUACACGUUAUAUUAUUAAUUACCAGUUUAAUAUAUAAUUAUGUAUUUAUAAUAUAUAUGUAUAAUUAUCGAUCUUGUUUUGCUCUCGUUUGUUUUUCUCAUCCAAUAAUUAUAAUUCACAAUAUUCAAAUAAUUAUAUGAUAUAUCAAUACAAUAACAACUUGCGUCAGAACCACAAACAAUGCGGCUCAAAAAUUGAAACAAAUUCAUUCGUUCAUGUUGGUUUUUUUUUCAUUUUUAGGAUUUAAUUUCGAAAAUACAGUGCAAGGACAUAAUUUUAGAUUUCUUUUUUUUAAAUGGGAAUGUCAUAAUCUUUCACUCGUGUCCAUCUAUUUUUUUACUGCUUUUCAAACUAAUACCUAUGCGUAUUUACCGGGAUUGAAAAAUUGUCAAACACUCGUGAUAUCUCAGAAAAAUUAAGUUGUUGGGAAAAAAAAUUAACCUUUUUUUCCAAGUUUUCUGUAUCUUUUUCCUACAAGGACGAAGAGAAUGGAUAUUGUCCAAAAUAGUCAAGACCAUCACAUUAAUCUAUAGAAUGAAUUGUAUAGCAGUGAAAUGAGAGUACAAAUCUCAUUUCCUAAAAGUGCUUUUUUUCAUAGAAAAACAAUGUUUUUACUAAAGUUUACUAGAUAGACUUUUCUUUCUCAUUUUUUUUUCUCAAGGCAAUAUUAAUUAUUGAAAUCGAUUUAAAAAAGUUUAUAAGAAAACAAGAAACCAGAGACAAGCGUUUACAAAAUAUUUAAAAAAUUCUGUUUUAUUAAAAAAAAGAAAGAUGGGAAUUACUACUCGAACUAUUUUUAGUUACACCGAUUAAAGACGUCACGCUGGGGGAAAAAAGAG